AUUCAAGAAUAACGUCUUGAAUCAUAAAUGAAUCAUUUCCAUUGUGUUUUGUGAAUUUUUUUAAAUAAGUAUUUUUCUAUUUUCAUAUGAGUUAUAAGUCAGAAAUACAUUUUAUUCCACUUUGAAUUAAUGCCAUUUCUCCCAAUCUCUAAAAUUCUAGCCGCUAUCUAGGAUACGUGGGACCACGUGAGCGUCACUUGUCGUCAUUAGCGAAGCUGAUAAUACGUCGUCACUUACACUGUGUCUUCGAUCAGCGUCGUGUAUCGCGGGUUCGUUUAGUCGCGCGAACGAGUGUGAAUAAGAAAUAGAGUGGGAGUAACAGCAUUUAUAAAUACGUGAAAGAUAACAUUAAUUGUCUAAAAAAUAAUCAAUUUCUGUUUGCUUCAUUAUCUUGUGAGAACCAUACACGAAAAUGUAUCAUCUAAAUAAAAUGGUCCGGUCCAAAGGACCACUGAAGCAAGUGCCGGUUGCUGACAUUCCUGGAAUCUUAACGCGUGUUGUGCCGGCGGCGAUUCAAACCCGCGGCUAUGCUGAACAUCAAAUCCCGGAUCGUUUAAAGGACAUUCCCACAGCUGACAACCCUAAGUUUUUCAACAUGGUCGAGUACUUUUUCCAUCGCGCCUGCCAAGUUAUUGAAGAUAAGCUGGUUGAAGAUGUUGGCAAACGAUCAAGGAUGACUAUUGAUGAAAAAAAGAAGAAAGUUAAAGGAAUUUUAACAUUAAUGGAACCUUGCGAUCAUAUUUUGGAAACAACUUUCCCUAUCAGACUAGAUUCUGGAGAUUAUGAGAUGAUUACUGGUUAUAGGGCUCAGCAUUCCACUCAUCGAACACCUUGCAAAGGCGGUAUUCGAUUUUCUAUGGAUGUAAACAGGGAUGAAGUCAAAGCCUUAUCUGCUCUGAUGACUUUCAAAUGUGCUUGUGUUGAUGUUCCUUUUGGUGGUGCUAAAGCUGGAAUCAAGAUUGAUCCUAAAAAAUACUCUGAACAUGAAUUAGAACAGAUUACACGUCGAUUUACUUUAGAAAUGGCAAAGAAAGGUUUUAUUGGACCUGGUGUUGAUGUACCUGCCCCAGAUAUGGGAACAGGAGAAAGAGAGAUGUCCUGGAUUGCUGAUACUUAUGCCAAAACUAUUGGACACCAAGACAUCAAUGCCCAUGCCUGUGUUACUGGGAAACCAAUCAAUCAAGGAGGUAUUCAUGGUCGUAUAUCUGCUACUGGUCGAGGAGUUUUCCAUGGUUUGGAGAAUUUCAUUAAUGAAGCAAAUUAUAUGGGAAUGAUUGGUACAACCCCAGGAUGGGGUGGUAAGACAUUUAUCGUCCAAGGUUUUGGUAACGUUGGUCUUCAUACAAUGAGGUAUCUACAUCGUGCUGGUGCUAUAUGUACGGGAGUAAUAGAGCAUGAUGGCGCUAUUGUUAACCCUGAAGGAAUCGAUCCUAAAGCUCUUGAAGACUACAGAAUUGAAAAUGGAACAAUCAUUGGUUUCCCUGGUGCAGAGCCAUACACUGGUGAAAACCUUAUGUACGAACCUUGCGAUAUUUUUGUACCAGCUGCUACUGAGAAAGUUAUAACCAAACAUAACGCUGCAAAAAUUCAAGCGAAAAUCAUUGCUGAGGCUGCUAACGGACCGACAACGCCUGCGGCUGAUAAAAUACUUAUUGAAAGAAACGUUCUUGUUAUUCCUGAUUUGUACAUUAAUGCUGGUGGUGUCACCGUUUCCUUUUUCGAAUGGCUUAAAAACUUAAAUCAUGUUUCUUACGGACGUCUCACAUUCAAAUACGAAAGGGAAUCUAAUUAUCAUUUAUUAGAAUCUGUUCAGGAGUCUUUGGAACGUAGGUUUGGUAGAGUUGGUGGUCGUAUUCCCGUUACGGCAUCAGAAGCAUUCCAAAAACGUAUCUCUGGUGCUUCAGAAAAAGACAUUGUCCAUUCAGGUCUCGACUAUACUAUGGAACGUUCUGCAAGAGCCAUCAUGAAGACUGCUAUGAAGUUUAACUUAGGUCUAGACUUAAGGACAGCAGCUUAUGCAAAUUCAAUUGAGAAAAUCUUCACUACGUAUUCUGAAGCUGGUCUUACCUUCUAAAUGAUAGUGAUGAUUGAAUCAAGCAUUCUUAGCAGCAUCCUCAGUGAUAAAACAGAAACAACUGCAGUUUCAUACAAUCAGCCAGUAUUUAAUAAUAUUAUCAAUGAUACUCUGCCAUUUAAAGACGAAAAAGAGCAAUGUUUUUUUUGUUUAAUCGUCUAUUUAAUACUGAAACAGAUAUUUUUAAUAGAUAAAGCAAAAAUUAUAUUAAGUCACAUUACUUUAUCAUGCUGUACGACAACUCAAAGUUAAACACUAAAAUGAAUAAUCAAAAAUCAAUCGAAACAUUCACGAAAGCCAGUUUUUUAUAUUACCAAUUUUAAUAAAGAGUUUUUCAAUUUUUAAUGAACUAUGUAACUUGCAUUGCUUAUGCCAGUUUUUAACAAUCUUUUUGAUUAUCAAAAAGUCACCUCUUAAAUAAUAGUUACAUUGUUUUUGAUUUAUAAAGGAAGUAUACAAACAUUAUGCUCAAGCGAUUGUAAUUUUAAUAUCGCCGUGAGGCACCGUGUAUUAUACAAUAUUUACACUAAACUGUUAAAGCUGCUGUCAGCAUUAUGUUGAUAUUAAAUGCACAUUCAAGUGCAACAAUGAAA